UAGAGAACUUGUUAUACUUGUUGGAAUUAUAUUUGUUAACAGUUUUUUUCUCUUUCGUUGUUUACAGUGAUACUUUACAGUCGCAUCACAUAUGAUUUAUUAUGACUGAUCGCACUUUAGAGUCCUUAGUGGGCUGUAUUGGGCCUUACAGUCUUUCAGCUGGCCAUUUAAAAGCACUGUAUGAGCCAGGUUACAUUCCAGAUGUGGUAAUAGAUGCCCUCAUGUUUAUCAUCUGCAAGAAAUACCAGGAUGUGUACAGUAUUUGCACCCAGUCAAUGACGAAGAUUCUGUCCGGAUCACAGAGGGUCAAAAGUCACUACUUUUGCAAGAAAAACAUACUUAAAAGCUAUGAGAGAGUCAUUGGUGCUGUGCUGGAAAAUAAAAAUCACUGGACACUUUUUUUCUGUGACCUAACUAAACAAGAGGUCACAUACUUGGAUUCAUUUGGUGAGACAAAUGAAAAGAAAGAGAAGAUUCUUAAGAACUGGAGUUCUUUUGCUAAGGCAAAGGGAUGUAUCCUGGAGUGGAAAUGGAAUGAUGUGCCCCAUCCACGGCAGGACGACGGACAUUCUUGUGGAAUCCAUGUGCUAAUGUUUGCUCAGGCCCUGCUUGAUGGAAAAGGAUUUGUGGAUGGAUAUUCUUCUACUGAUAUUCCUCAGCUGAGGGCACAGCUCUGCUACACUCUAUUUUCCUCCUUGGAUAGAAGUAUGAAGUGCACAGUGUGCUGGGGUGUCCUAAUGAAAGACAAGGUGUGCUGUCAGAAAUGUGGUGCACACAGGCAUUCGAGAUGUCAGCAAAUACUCUGUGGCAUAUGUCUAAUCUGCAAUGGUGGCAAUUUUAUGUUGCAGCCUCUACAAAGUCAAGAAAGUAAGCAGACAGAGGGAAGCACAAGAGUAACCCCAGAUGAUCAGGAUCAACAGGGAGGAGAAAAAAAAAAAACUAACAAAACAGCCAAAGUGAAGGGGAAAAAAGGCCAAUCAAAGGGUAAAAAACGCAAGGCAGGGGAAUCUUUGAAGAGGGAAAAAGAGCAAGACAUCAAGGGAGACAGCGAGCCACAAACUUUUGACAAGGGAAGUGAUGCAGCUUGUGAAAGCGAGGAAGUAGAGGCAAUUGACAGUGGAGUUUGUUCUCUGAAUAACCACAGAGAGGGCAUUAAAGUUUUUGGACGCUUAGCCCUCACUGGCCAGAGAAAGGCCCAAUAUGUUGUUACAAAUGAAGAAAUUCAGCGCAGAAUAGAAGGGGAGAACAUGUCCUCUAAUGUAUUCAGAGAUCUGCUAGGAGGACGCAAGAAAAAUUUACCUGAAAUAGUCCUCACUCUUCCCAAGAAAGUGAAAACUAAGACCAGCAUUUUUAGUGCACUAACAGAGGGGGAGGCUACAGACCUAGCCACUGGGCUAACCAAAAGCCUUUGUCAAAAUGUUAGUCCACAGUUGGUACGCAAGGACAUAAGUUACCAGGAUGCAGAAAUAACAAGGACAGCUCUUGCUGCUGUACGUGCUAACUUGCAAUCAAGCCUGAACAAUACUUCACCCUUCAGUUUGUUAACCCACACAUUUGGUCCACAAGCAGUUGAUGGUGUCUUGGGUUUCAUUAUAGAGAGUUUAAAAUGAAAUGUAGUAAGAGAAAAGUUUUACUAGCAGCAGCUUUCAGCCUUUUGUGAAUGUUCAUGUUUUGUUAAAU